GUUGCUCCCCAUCGGCUUGGUCACCCUCUGGUGCACCGGCUCUGAAUUGAACUGCAUUCUGCAGUUCACCUACAAACACCAUGGCAUCCUCAUCCUCAAGACCCAGGAAUAAUCAAGGAUCGCUGCUAUGUUCAGCUUGCUCUUCGUCGCUGCUUCCAACGGAGGUGGAAAACGUAUUCACGACACAAUGCUGCAAACGGCCUAUCUGCUCGAAGUGCCUCAAAUCAACUCCCAGGCUGGCUCGAUACCAUCCUUGCUUGUCUUGCUUGGGAGGUGUGAAUGCUGUCGAUACAAACAUGGCAUCCCAGAAGGCUUCUUCAGCAGAAAGAUCCAUCCCCGUGAACAUGGACGGUGCCGUUAGGGAUAGCGACCUUUUCGUUCUCGGAGAUGAGGAUGACGACGACAAUGCCGCUCUCGAUUUGAUUCCGCCUCCAUACACGGAGAACGUUAGCGGAGACGCGAACUCCGACCUGACCGCCAACCCAUGGCGGGAGCCAAGCGAGCGAUGGCAGCUGCAGGAUGCUGGCACUUCUGGCCCACCGAGCGGAUCCAACGUAAUCAAGCAGUCGCCUUCAUCUCCCGGGCCCGGUAACGUUUCCAGCGAUCCCUCUCGAUACUACCUCAGUCCAGGAGAUACUCUUCUCGGCGUCGCUUUACGCUUUGGCGUGGACGGUCGCGAACUCUGUCGCCUUAACAAACUACCUCCAUCCACGCUGAGCACAACACCCCACCUUCUGCAUACCCGCCGCUUCAUCACCCUCCCUUCCUCGGCCCGUACCCCACCUCCACUAUCCGAAGAAGAACGUCGCGCACGCGAAGCCGCUGCAGAAGAACAUCGCUCGCGACGCCUCCGCGAGCAAGCCGAGAAGCGGUUUCAGACGCUGACUAAGGAGGUCGACUGGCGCGUCGCCAGGGCGUACGUCGCGAUCGCCGACGACCCGGAGGAGUCGCGAGCGCACGGUCUCAAAGGAAAAGAGAUGGGAAGGGGCUCUACUAUGCCCGGGACGGCCGACGGGCUCGGGGAUAGGGCGGUAGACUGGUACAUGGACGACGAGGAAUGGGAACGACGGCAGUUGAGGGGAGGUAAACAGCCAGGUCCAGUCCCAGGGCCUCCCGCUGCGUUUCGUCCCAGCGAUAAGGCUCAGACGUUAGCUGGAUGGCCAAGGUAACGAUGGGUUGUUCACCUUUCCAUUUCAGUAGCUGAAAUUUUGUUCUCAGAUUGAGUUCUUGCUUGAUCAUGUAUCAUUGCUGUUGUACGCACAUCGUGAAUCUGCGCGGACCUCC